AUGUGGGAAGAUGAUGACCAUUUAUGCCAACUUUUGGCAGACAACUUAAUCAACGCAGUCGGAUUCCUGCCUGUUCAAAGGUUGAAUAGACGCGUGGAUGAAAUCCUUUCGGAUAUUCAUUAUUUUGGAAGAAACGUUGAAGUCAUUCAGACAGGGAGUUGGGCCGAAGGUUUCCGCAUGAAUGGCACAGAUGUUGACAGAAUGUAUAUAGAUAAAACCGCAAUAGCAUCAGAAACUCCAGGAAAAAUACCAAACAGAUUUUGUGCCAUCAAAAUAGACACCUCUUCAGAUAUCCAAAGGGGAUAUGCGAAAUUGAUAUUGCUUACCCCACAGAAAGCAGAACAGCACUUGCAACAUGCAGUGGUACCUCAAGACGGAACCCUGUACAUAUCAAGUAAAGCGUAUAUAGAAUCAUAUGUCGAAGAAAACCAGGAAACACAUGGACCCUGUGUAAGAAGAGUGGCUCAACAAGGAACUGAGCAAGAUGACGCACACUGCUUACGCUGUGCACAUUGGCCAUCUGAUGCAAUGGAAUGGUACCACAGAAGUAGACUACAUGGGUGGCCAGAAUAUCAGUUGCUGAAGGACAUCUACAAGAAAUGCUGCCAUGUGGUACCAAUUGGUCCCAAAUUCAUCGACAGUAAUGGACUUUGGUCUGUUGACACAUUGGCAUGGCGAUUUUCCUUUUCAGUCGCAGAAAAGAGAUUAGUUAAUACAUUUAAUGAUACACAAUUCCUGGUUUAUGGCAUUUUCAAGCUUUUGGUCAAAGAGGCAUUCCAAGAGACUCAAAACAUUUUAUGUUCGUAUUACAUGAAAACGCUUUUGUUUUGGUGUAUUGAAGAAACACCAAAAGAACGGUGGAGGAAAGAACGUUUAGUUUCCUGUAUAGAGAUCUGCUUCAAACGGCUGAUUAUGUGGGUUUCAAAUGGAUAUUGUCCCAACUACUUUGUCAGAGAAAACAACAUGUUCCAUGGCAAGUUAGACGAAGUUGAACGUGAAUCCCUUGUUAUUCAUUUGUCAGAACUGUAUGGAGAGGGAUGGAGAUGCCUUUUGACUUGUCCAUCCUUACACAAUCUCAGAGAUGAUCUACAGAGAAUAAGACUUGGAAUACUUGAAAUGCCGAACAAUGGCAUAAGCCCGGAUGAAGAUUUCAGAGGAUUGAUUGCACAAACAAGGAAUGAUUCCACUUCAAUUUCGGAAGACACUGAAGACAAUGCAAUCUUUUGUCAAUUAGAGUCUGUCGUUCAGGGUCAUCCAAACUUCCGAAGUCUUGAAACACAGCUUUUCAAUGCAGUGGCCCUUUUACUUAGAAAGGAAACGCAACUUUAUACCUUCAUGAACGAAAUCGUGACACUCUAUCUGUAUAAGACUUUACAACACAUAGCCAUGAUAUUUCUUUAUAAAGCAUUUAAUGACAACCGAAAAUGUAAACGUUUUCGGUACAGACAAAUUAGACGGGCACUCGACUUGAUGAAAUUUACAAACUGCGCAGAUAUAAGUAGAGGGAGACUAACUUUAGCAACGACGUUUUACUGUUUUGGAUAUUACUACAAGGCUUUGAAAAUAAUCCGACAAUACGAAGUCUUUCUUGAAGAUAAUCAAGGUGUUCUUUAUGUAAGCUCUAGGUUUCCAAAUGAUGUGAGUGAAGAAUACAUUAUAAAUUUCUGUAAUGGUAAUUUAUCAAGAAUUGAAAAGGCCUCAAUGGGCGUUUCGUACGAUUUUGAAGUAUAUAGAACAAUGCCAAUUCAUCCAAAGGAAAUAGCUUUUGAAAUACUCCUGGUGAGAGAUACUUCAGCUUUUCUUUCCUUCCCACCACGUGCUUAUUCCAAAUUUUUGAAGGCUCUGUGCUUUUCUAAGAUAAAUGACAUGUAUAGUGUGAAAAUUCUAAAGGAGGAACUGUCAAGCAUUCUUCCAUCGACCCCUGAUACUGCAAUUUAUCUCUUUUAUACAAUGCUGGCAAUAUUGGAAGCCAAAUUAGAUCGAUUUGACAAAGCUUAUCGAAAUUAUUAUUUGGCAUACUGGCAUAAGAAGUAUUUGACUUUGAAAGAAGAACAUUGUUGUGAAUGGGAUUCCUUACAGUCACCCCUGUUGAACGUGGCUGUAAUGGUGAGACUCUUGAUUUAA